AUGACUUGCGGAGCUAGCUUGAUGGACGAACGAGGGAGGGGGAACCCUAAGCCCGUUCGAAGAAAGCUCUUCACAAAAAAACUAGCUCCACUAUUCUCUCAAGCAAUAGAUAGUGCUGACCCACAGAAGACAUUCAUCUCCUCAAAAUUCAACCUAUACGUUGGUAAAGGGAAUUUGACUAGCCACAUUCAGCAUUAUACUCAAGCCAUGACAUUAUGGAGCAAUAAUGGUCCAAUCAUGUGCCAAAUGUUCUCUUCAAGCUUCAAUGAAAUGCCACUUCGAUGGUUCUAUAAACUAGAAACCCGAUCAAUCAAUGACUGGAAGCAGUUGCAGCAAGUGUUCAUCUCAAGCUUUAUCACCAAUAGUCAACUGCCGAAAGAAGUGGAUGUACUCCUCACUACGAAAAAAGACAUCAUGGAGAGCCUACGAGAGUAUAACAAAAGGUAUUGGGCGGCAUAUAAUGAGAUUGAUAACUGCAACGAAAAAUUAGCAGUUACCUCAUUCAAGUUAGGAUUGCAGCCUACAAGUAAGCUCCGACAAUCCUUAACAAAAAAGCAACCUACUGACGUGAGUAGUUUAAUGAGGAAAAUGGAACAACAUUGCAAGAUUAAAGACAACCUAUGA